CCAUACGCCAUAUUAGACAUGGCGGGUCACAUCUUGGGAGAGUGAUGGUAUUUGUAAGCGAGUAAAACCCGAAAAUUAACUCGUCUAAAGGUGAUUCAAGUGUCUUUAUGAACCGCUACCAAUGAUCAGAGAGCAAUGAAGAGUGUCAAAAUGCCGAACGUCGCAAAGAGUAGCCAGUCGGAAGGACAGAAACUCGAGAAAGUAAGUGCUGAGCGCGACUACGGAAAACCAUCGUCAACUCCCCAAUCGUCGGGAUCGAGCCCGAGGAAAUCAGACGAGAACAAUUAUCUGGCGAUGCAGAACUUCAUGCCAACCACCAGCUCGUCCGAGAGUGACGAGGAGGAAGUGUCCGAGGUGAGCCCCUUUGUGAUAGACAACCCUGAGUUCGACGAGGUGUCCAAGACCUCGGAGAAAUUCCUGGCGAGGAAGGCCUCCCUUCCCGAGGACUCGGACCACCUUGACAGAACCGUGGACCCUGAAACGCAAGCCAGGCUCGAGGCGCUGCUGGAAGCAGCAGGCAUUAGUAAGCUGUCGUCGACAGAUGGAAAAGCGUUGGCGGACCCUGAAGUGCUUCGGCGCCUCACGUCAAGCGUUUCGUGCGCGCUGGACGAAGCGGCGGCCGCCCUCACCAGAAUGCGGAACGACAACCCCCGAGCCCCCCAACAAGAGACCAGAUCACUGGUUGAAGCUUGCUCCGACGGUGACGUUGGCACCGUCAGGAAGUUGCUUUCAGAAGGGCGAAGUGUGCACGAAACAACCGAGGAUGGCGAGAGUCUCCUUUCCCUAGCCUGCUCAGCGGGAUACUUUGAGCUAGCUCAGGUUUUGUUAGCAAUGAGCGCGGGAGUGGAGGACAGGGGCAUCAAGGGAGACUGCACACCCCUCAUGGAGGCAGCCUCGGCAGGCCACGCAGACAUAGUCCGGCUUCUCAUCGAAAACGGCGCUGACGUCAAUGCACAAUCAUCCACAGGGAACACACCUUUGAUGUAUGCUUGCGCCGGCGGCCACCUGGAAGUUGUGGAAAUUUUGCUGGCGGCAGGAGCAAACGUUGAGGACCACAAUGAGAAUGGCCACACGCCCCUCAUGGAGGCAGCGAGUGCUGGGUACGUUAACGUGGCAAAGGUUUUGUUAGAAAACGGCGCCGGGAUCAACACGCACUCCAACGAGUUCAAAGAAUCCGCCCUCACCUUAGCCUGCUACAAAGGCCACCUAGAAAUGGUCCGAUUUCUUUUGGCUGCAGGAGCAGAUCAAGAGCACAAAACAGAUGAAAUGCAUACAGCCCUGAUGGAAGCAUCUAUGGACGGCCACGUCGAAGUCGCCAGGCUGUUGCUGGAUUCGGGAGCACAGGUCAACAUGCCAACUGACAGUUUUGAGUCACCCCUUACCCUAGCAGCGUGCGGUGGUCAUGUCGACCUUGCGCUCCUUCUCAUUGAGAGAGGUGCAAACAUCGAAGAGGUCAACGAUGAAGGAUACACCCCCUUGAUGGAAGCGGCGAGAGAAGGGCACGAAGAGAUGGUUGCCCUUCUCCUUAGCCAAGGUAAUUCUGGAGCCAACAUCAAUGCUCAAACGGAAGAAACGCAGGAGACCGCCCUGACGUUGGCAUGUUGCGGCGGUUUUCUUGAGGUUGCCGAAUUCCUGAUCAAGGCUGGUGCUGACAUCGAGGCGGGCGCAUCCACGCCACUGAUGGAAGCUUCGCAAGAGGGCCACCUGGACCUUGUACGCUACCUUCUCAGUGUAGGGGCAAAUGUGAACGCCACCACCUCUACUGGAGACACUGCCCUCACUUACGCCUGUGAAAAUGGCCACACGGACGUGGCGGAACUGUUGCUGCAAAACGGCGCCGACCUUGAGCAUGAGUCUGAAGGAGGCAGGACGCCUCUGAUGAAAGCUUGCAGGGCCGGCCACCUGUGCACUGUCCAGUUCCUUGUUUCCAAGAACGCUGACGUCAACCGGCAGACUACCAACAAUGACCACACACCACUGUCAUUGGCUUGUGCUGGUGGUCACCAGUCGGUGGUUGAGUUCCUCCUCGCCAACCAAGCAGAUCCUUUUCACAAACUGAAGGACAAUUCUACUAUGCUGAUUGAGGCGGCCAAGGGCGGCCACACUCAUGUCGUCCAGUUACUUCUCGACUACCCAAAUAAUGUGAUGAUCCAGCAGCAGGUGGCCACUGCUGCUGCCGCCGCGGCAGCAGCGGCUCCUCUGCCACCUGGUUCUCACAGCAAUGCCAGCACCCAACCUCCAUCCCCUGCGCCCACACCAACCGCCACCCAAACCACCCCUGGCCUCCACGAGGCGCCUGAUGGGGUCCGAACUGCAGUUCCUCCCCAUGAGGAAAUAGCCCCCACGCCCUCCGCAUCCACCACCUCUGCCAAGGUUGCCGCGUCUGCUGCGCCAGCACCCAGCCAGGGCAAAAGUGCAGUGCAAAAGUCCCUUAUCCGCAAAUUUCGACCGAGCAUAAAUCUUGAAGGCUCUCCGGCGUACACGCAGGAUGUUGAAAAGCGGUUGAUGUCCAUGGCCGAGACAGACUUCUUGGCGAAAGGGAUCGAUCCAGGGUUGCUCUCGCAGAAGAGCAUCACGCAGCUGAAAGACUUGGAGACCAAACUGAAGCUUGAGGAAGAGAAGAUUCUGCAGAAGAAGAUACUGGAGGAAUUGCAGAGAGUCGAGGAGGAAUUGCAGGUGACCUCACCCCACAUUCUCUUGGGGGAACCUGUGCCCCCUGCGCAGCUAGCUGCUGAACUGCCACCCUCUGGCGCGCCGUCGUCGUCAGGGUCAUCCUCCUCUGCGUCACCACCUGCCACUAAGGUCAAGGUUCUUGACAUUCCGCUUGAUGAUAUCUCAAAGGGACUCACCAACAUCACCCUUCCUCCAGCAAGUGACAUUACAUUUAGUAGUUUGCCGCCAAACUUCUUCUCCCCACUUUGCACUGCCACCCUACCAGCGAGUUUUUACGGGAGCCCUGCCAGCAAGGUCCCACCCCACCUGGGCCAAUCGCUCAGUGCCCUGAGCCAGCAGGGCAUCGACCUAGGUGCUAUGGCAAAUCAAACAGGAUUCACCCUAGCAUCGAUGCCUUCUCUUAGCUUCCAAGCACCUACAGCUGUGACCUCUGCCUCAACUACUUCCAUCCAAAACGCUCCUGUUCCAACCGCGGCUCAAAUACUCGGUGACGUGCCAACCAGCUUUCACGCCGUCACCCCUCCCGACUCGACCACCUUAGGCUUUAAUGUUGCUGCGCCAACCCCCAUUCAAGAUCGGCCUAAGGCAAAACCUGUGUCUAAGAAAGAUGCUAAAAAUAGAAUCAGCAAACAGCAGCUGGCUGCUCUACAGCUACAGCAAAUCCAACAACUGAAUCAGCAGCUCCAGGCGCAUGUUGCCAACCAAGCGGGCCCUCCGGUCAGUGAAGUGGCAGGAGCCGACGUUGCCAAGGUGAGCAGCGAAAUGGCGCAAGCUAAAUCGCUGCUGCAGCAAACGGCGCACACGCAGCAGACCCUGCAGCAACUUCAUCAGCUGCAGAACCAACUAAAGCAACUUGAAGAAGCUGGAAUCGCUGGCAUUGGUGGUGCAUCCCAAAGCCAGAUUCACCAGAUGCUUCAGAAGCAACUCAAAGCUCUGCAGCAACAAGCUCCAAUCACCCGAGUUCAGGACAAGAGCAGCCAGGCUGUCAAAGAGGACAGUGGCGGCGAGACCAAGGAUGGCAAAGAGCAAACUGUGGAAGAAACCUAUCCUGAAUCCCUAGAGAAGACAGCUGACCUUCUUGCAGCUCUGAAAUUGCAUGUCGACGAGAAAGCACUCGAGACCCAGCUCACCUACCAGAGGGCUGUUGAAGAGGCCAUUAAUCUGUCCCUGUUGACACCUCAACCACUGGCGCAAACGCAGCAACAACAGCAGCAGCAGCCAGGUUCUCAGCCCCUCAACAUUCAGUUUCCUGCACCGCCAGCCUUGGAUGCUGACGCCGCCACCCGAAAUGCAGCUUUUCAAAGGCUCGAGUACAUCCCUGUGAAGAUGCAGCUAAAGCCAACUAAUGAAAUAAUCGUGCCUGGAACAAAUAUCCACCUGUCGUACCAACUGCCUAUGAAUCAAGCGGCUGUAAGUCUGCCAGCGAAUGCAUUUGUUCAAACUCCUGUCCAGCCCGAUGAGUCAAACUUGUUUGCCAGCGGCAGCGGCCCUCCGGGGCAGGCUCAGCUGCAGGCAAUCAGUUCUCGUCUGGCACAAGCAUCUGCAAGUCUGGGUGGUUUAAAACCACACAAGAUACCAAUGCUACCACCACAGAUAGCUCCUCAAACUCCAGAGGGAGGAGCGACUCCCACGUCUGUGCCGAGUAGUGGCAGCAGGUCAUCCUCAACAAGUAGUGGAAGUGGAAGCGACGUUAAGCAGGCUGUGACCACUCCAAGCUCUGUGGCUGCCACUGUGUCCGCCAGCACUCAGUCCACCACGAGUAUCGCACCCUCGGUAACGCAGGCAGCAACGCAAACGCCGAACAAGAAGAAGGGCAACAAGAAAAGCCCGUACCUCCCUGCUGGAACCCAACCGGCGCGCCCAACCACCUCAACAGCAGCUGUUGCCACUCUGCAGCAGCCGGCAGUUGCCCACCAACAGCAGCAGCACACUCACCACCACCACCACCACCACCAACAACCUGUGGAUGACGAUAAAACGCUUUUGCCUCCGCACCAGAAUAUCAUGCAGAACUAUCAGUAUGAUGCGACCACAGGAGUUCCCAUUUAUCAAAAUGGAGUAGCCCCUUACACACCGCAGCAGUUUCACGGAAUUGACGUUGACUCCGAGACGGACAGCAACCAUGACACAGCUUUGACGCUUGGCUGUGCUGGUGGUCACGAGGACCUGGUUGAACUUUUGAUCAGCCGAGGAGCAAAUAUAGAGCACCGAGACAAGAAGGGAUUCACUCCUUUGAUACUUGCUGCAACCGCUGGCCAUGAGAAGGUUGUCAAAAUUUUGCUGGACCACCAGGCAGACAUCGAGGCACAGUCAGAGAGAACUAAAGACACGCCCCUCUCCUUGGCCUGUUCAGGCGGCCGAAUUGAGGUGGUUAGCCUUCUUUUGUCCCGAAAUGCCAACAAGGAGCAUAGGAAUGUGUCUGAUUACACACCUUUGAGCUUGGCGGCUUCUGGAGGCUAUGUGAACAUAAUCAAACUGCUCCUCAAUGCCGGGGCAGAAAUUAAUUCCCGAACUGGCAGUAAGCUUGGAAUUUCGCCUCUCAUGUUGGCAGCAAUGAAUGGCCAUACAGCUGCUGUGAAACUUCUUCUUGACAUGGGAAGUGACAUCAAUGCCCAGAUUGAAACAAACCGAAACACAGCUUUGACGCUCGCCUGCUUCCAAGGCAGACAUGAAGUUGUCAGUCUACUGCUGGACCGCAAAGCCAAUGUUGAACACCGAGCAAAGACUGGUCUCACGCCUCUUAUGGAAGCUGCAAGUGGCGGCUAUGUGGAAGUUGGCAGAGUGCUCCUCGACAAAGGAGCCGACGUCAACGCUCCACCAGUUCCGUCAUCGAGGGACACUGCCCUCACCAUUGCGGCUGACAAAGGCCAUGUGCGAUUUGUUGAGCUCUUAUUGAACCGUGGAGCUCAAGUAGAAGUCAAGAAUAAAAAGGGAAACUCGCCGUUGUGGCUCGCAGCCAAUGGAGGACACCUGAACGUAAUAGAAAUGCUCUAUAACCAUGGGGCAGACAUCGACUCUCAAGACAACCGAAAGGUGUCGUGUCUAAUGGCAGCGUUCAGGAAAGGCCAUGUUAAGGCUGUUAAGUGGAUGGUCCACCGAGUAACACAGUUCCCAAGUGAUCAAGAAAUGUCCAGAUACAUCUCCACCAUUACCCUGAAUGAAAAAGAAUUGCUUGACAAGUGCGUUGAGUGCGUCCAAGAGAUUAGAGCUGCCAAGGACAUGCAGGCCGCCAAAGCCAGCAUGAACGCUGAUAACCUACUAGAAGAGCUUGAUCAGGAAAAGACCAGAGAGGAAUCAAAGAAAGCGGCAGCAGCCAGAAGACGAGAACGCAAAAAGAAGAAGAAACUUGAAAAGAAGGAAGAGAAACGCAAGGUAGGAGGUGAUGAAAAUGAUGAUGACAAAGAGAGUGGCGAUGAGGAUGACAAGGAUCAGGAUGAGCCCCAAGAGACUGUCGAAACCAAGGUGGACGUGCCUCCUGAGAGCCCUGCAGUAGUGGCGCCUCGCAAUGAGGUAAUGGUUGACAAGGAAGAGGGUGACAGUGGCAUCGACGCCAACAGCCAAGGCAGCUGCAGCAGCAAUGACGUCAAGUCAAAAGAGAAGCGCAAGGAGAAGAAAAAGAAAAACAAAGGCCCUGUGGUCACUACUGCUGCUACUGCUAAGAGUGAUAAAGAAAACUCUCCUGUUCCCGUCCUAGAGAAGGAGGCACCCAAGUCAAAGCAGCCAGCCCCUGCUCCUCUUCCCACUUCCAAAGACAUAAAACCUCCAGCCGCAAUGAGCCAGCCUGUUGAAAAGUCGGCGCCCACCCCUGUUCUGCAGGGUAACAGCCAAACUCCCAUGACUGAAACAAACAACAUCAGCAACAAGCGUGGAAGCAACAAAGUAAACAAGAUCCCUCAUCUAAUGUUUGAGGCGACUCCGAAGCCACAGCAACAUCAGCAUCCUGCUGAGAGGGAAGACUUUGAAGCCACUGGAAAUGAGACAUAUGUUCCUUCGUCCAAGAGCAAAAAGUCAUCAGCUUACCUAAGCACCACCAUCCAAUACUGUGAUUCAGAGCCUGCUCCUGUAACCAAGAGUUCCACAAGUCCUAAGCAAGGUGGUAAAAGAGAGGAAGGUUGGAAGGAAGUUGUGAGAAAGUAUGUCAAUUCUCCUUUCAAAUCUAAGAAGGUCCUUGUUCCCUCAAACGCCAUCAGCAGGGUGAUUGGCAGAGGAGGCAGCAACAUUAACGCAAUUAGAACUGCCACAGGGGCGCACAUUGAAGUUGACAAGCAGACCAAGGGCCAGGGCGAGAGAACUAUAACCAUCAAGGGAUCUUCCGAAGCCACAAAGCAAGCGCACAUGCUGAUUUCUGCUCUUGUCAAGGACCCAGAGGCGGACCUCACAACCAUUUUGCCAAAAAAAGGUGCUACAGCGGCGUCUUCGGCAACCAGUGGAGUUACUUGGACAGCCGAGAUGACCAAAGUUGCUGCACCUACAGGCAAAAGCAGCAAGUCCAGUGCUGCUGGUGCAACAGCGGCGUCCAAGCCUAUUCCUCUGUCCGCUGCUCAGCCUAAUGUGGCCUCAAAGCAGAGCAUUGCCACGGCCCAGCUGCAGAAACUUGGUUGGUUCUUAGAAGGCAAAGUGGAGGCUACUCCAGAAAUGCUUGCAAACGUCCUCCCAGGUGCCAGCACUAGCGCGCUGACCUCCUUGUUGAAUUCUAACCUGAGAAGUGCAGUGAGCACCAAGACCACCACCACCAUGGCCAGCAGCCGAAGUGCUGCCACUGCUCCGAGACAUGCAGCUGCUGCUGAAAAGAGAGCCGCAGCUGCCGCUGCGGCUUCGAACAACACAAAGACCACCAUGUCCUACACAACGGCCAUCAUGACUGCAGGCAGGGCAACCAAAAUAUCAACCACCACCACUCAGACCUUUGCUGCCAAGCUGACUGAGAGCUCGGCCCCAAUCCAGGGCUUGACCACCAGCACAACGCCCUCGCAGCCCAAACAGUCCAGAGGAGCAGCAGCUGCUUCUUCGACUCCUCAAUCCACUCCUGUCCCUCAGUCGCCGAUCAAACAUUCUGCUGCUCCAACGGCGUCCAGAGCUUCAACUGCCGGAAUUCCUUCCUUGAUAGAUGCUGCACCCAUGGUGAAACCUCUGAUGGCAGAAUCUGUUCCCAACGGGCCACCUGCUCAAGCUCAGCACAGCCAGCAGGGAAGAAAGACACCCCAGGAACAGCCACAACAGAUGCAACCUCCCCAGCAACAGCCCAUUGCAAGGCCGUCCAGCCGGACAGAGACUCCUCUGCAACAGUACUCCCUCUUCAACGACAGCAAGCCUGUCUGGGGAUGUGAGAAUGAUGCUGCCUGCCAGAAGGGUAUGAACUUUGCCAGUGUGGCUGCUGCAGGUAAUGCCUCAGGCCCUGGCCAAGCAAUUGCUGCCCCCAAAUUCCUGGACAGCCUGCCGCCUCAGGUGGACGCCUCCAAGGCUCCCGGCUACAGAGGAAGCUCCAUAUCUUCGCCGGUGCUGCCCAAGGCGUCAAUUUCGGUUCCUCAAGUGCCCUCCAACUAUCAGAAUGCACCCUCGAACUUCACUGAGCCACCACCUCCUCUCCCAACACCUAUUGGAAUGAACACGUCGCCCAACCAGAAGCAGGCACAUCCAAUUGCGAGACCAAGCAGUCACGGUGACAUCGGCCCUCCACCUGUGUCGCAAGCCGAGACCUACAGACAAAUGCUGAAUGAGCGGGCGGAAAUGCAGAGAGCCUCUGGCCACAUGCACAUGUCCUCGUCCAACAUCAUUGAGCCUCCGCCCAACCAGCAGCAGCAGCAGUACACCUUGGCGCCUUCGCCUGGUUACGAGCACCCACCACCAUUGUUGAAGGUUGUGCAACCGCAAUCUGGUGGUCAAGGUCACCACCAGGAGGCCGGUCAGCAACACAUGAUGGGUCCCUACCCUCCUACGCCACCACAAAGUGCAGGGCCCAACAUGCAGCAGCACUAUCAGAGCGGCGCCAAUGCCAAUCAAGCCUCGGCAGCCUCCAUGUCUCCACCCAGCAUGCAUUCCAGACUUAAUCCUAGGGCUCCGGACUUCUCAAGCUCCCUGCAUGGUAUGGGCGGCAAGCAGCAGUCUCAACAGCAGCAGAGCAUGGGUUCGCAGCAGCAGAAUGUGCAGAGUGGUGGUUCGCAACCCCAGCACCAGCAGAUGUCUCACCAGAUGCCCCAGAUGUACAACAUGCAGCCGAACCAGGCCAACGCCAACCCGAUUAUUCUGAACCAGUUCAAGCCGAACGCCUCAAACUCGUACCACCGAGGCUCAGGGGCGCCCCCAAGCCACCACCAGAUGCCGCCCACGCGCUGGUCCAUCCCAAUGACCCACAACAUGCACCACCAGCAGGAUCUCCUCAACUAUCUGCCGCAGAAUAUGCCGCCCGAGAUCCUCGGUCUAGAAAACGGCGCCCAGCUGCACCACCACGGCUCACCAACCAACAUGUCGCCGUCGGCCAACAACAACUCGCCACCAGUUGACCAGUUAGCCGCCGCCCAGUUGGCCAAGCAGUUGGAGGAGCAGCGAAGGGUCCCGAGGCCUAUUGGCACCGAGAGAGCGUGGAAGUACUCGAUGAACAAUGCUUCCGAGCAGGACGCCUGGUUGAAUCAGAACAAGAUGGUCAACCCUUCUUGGGCUGGCAACCCUCCGGAUCGUCUACCCUAUAUGAUGGGUCGUCCUGGAGGAAUCAGGCUGGACGAGCUUGACAAUGCGUACCAUAACCAGCCUGAUGGAUCCCAUAGCUUCUUGAAUGGAGCAGCACCGGCCAUGAACAUGAUGCAGCAUGGCAUGUACAUGCCGUUUGUUGGAGCCGGGUUAGGUCCUGACAUGGGCCCAGACAUGAUCGGCAAACUGGAAGCUCCGAGUUGGGACCCUACUGCCCGUAUGGGAUUGACUGAAUUGCCAGACAAGCCUCAAGGUUGGAACAAUUGGAGCAAAUAAGAAGAUCAAAGUGGUAGUUGCAGCAAUUGUUGAAGAUGAUUUACGAUGCAGCAAGAUACUUGAAUAGUCAAUGCCACGCGCGUUUACUAUCACAUUUUUUAAACACACGCAAAGAAUUCAAUCCUACCAUCCGUAGUUAAACCGGUCAAAAUGUUGAAGAAAAAAUUACCACUGCUUUGUCCACUCUUCUCUAAUAGUUCUGGGAUCCAAACGUGUUUGUAGCCUGCUUAGUAAGACCUGUUAUUGAUUAAUUGCAUUCUCAAGAGACCGCUUUGGAUGCUGCUUAAUUUCCAACUGAACUUAAAUUAUUUCAUUUUGGUACGCGAUUAUUAUUUUUUAGUAGAUUCGAUGAUGGAAAAAUACCUUCCAAGGAUAAACACGUGCGUUUGCUUUUUGUUGGCUUUUCGGAGUUGUACGAUAAAAAACCAUCAUGUGGUUCUCAGGCCACCUGCCUGAUCACAAAAUAUGACUAUUAUGAAAGUAUGGAUAUACUAAAUGAGCUGAAGUGUUAAGUGGGAUUGUGGAGCGGACGUCGACGAGCGCCGCCCGACCCACAGCUGCAUAUUAUGUUCUUGCGUUGGCCCUUCGACUGAGCCGCCUCCUCCUGAUGCACCGGAGGAGAGCCGCCCCGACUGGCCACCCCCACCUAUGAUUGCUCUCCCAUUUCAAUUACCUUGAUAAUUAUUAUCUCACAGAGUGUGCAAAUACAGUGUAGAUGAUGGGAUGGGUAUUAAAGAUCAGUUGUCAAAACCACCUGCCUCUUUCUAUCACACACUUGUCUUGACGAACAUCCUAAAGAUAGCUAACCCCAACUAGUGGCCUACCUUAGUUUGUAGAGUGUCUUUCAGCAAAGCAAGGUCCUCUUUGUUUAGUUGAUAGGAGUCGGACAGGAAGCGAGUCCUGCAACUUCUAUGGCAACUUGGAAGCAUUUUUUUGAAGCAGGAUUAUUUGUUUAUCUUCCAUAUUUCUUUUUAGAAAUGAUGCUGUAUUUAUUUUUUACAAUUGUAUCUUGUGUUUAUUACUACCUUGCAUGAACAAUGAUGAUUACAUGAUAAAGCUUAAGGAUUAGAAAAUCCCAAAUUGAAGGGUCGCAGUGCCGUGUAUAAAUCAUUCGCUUGUACAUUAUACAAAAAAAUUAUUUAAAAUAUAUAUCCACAAUACGCACUGUAA